AUGAAGAAAUUUCUUGAAGCACGCAGAGAAAAGAAAAGAAGGAUUGACGAAUGUUGGGUCGCAUUAAACACGGUUCGUUCUUCCAGCCUUAAUGAUAUUGUUCAAGCCAAAUGGCAAGAAGAGGAUAUAUUAGCGUUCCUUAGUGCGAAAUACGGUCAUUCAACUGUAGAGAUAGGACGAUACGCUUUGAAAAACUUCCCACCUAACGAGUUAUGUCCUCGUGCGACAAAUUCUACGACAGAACUUGGAGUUCUCUCUACGAUUAUCAACGCUGGUGUGCCACAAAAUGAAGCAAAACAGUUUAUAGAGCUACUAAGUGAGUGUGAAAAUUUCUUAUCAUUCACCAUGAGUAAAGCGCUAGAAGAGAACUCGAAAAAACUAAGUGUUCCUAGACCUAGCAUUCUUCUAACGCCACCGAACAAGCUGAUUGAUGACGGUUGUUUGGUUUGUAGUUCGACACUGGCAAUGCACAAUAACAGUUGCGCAGUAACUAUAUUUACCAUUACUGGGCCAGUUCGGGCAAUGAAAGUUUGUUGGAAAUGUACCAAUUGUGGUUUGAAUUACAAUUACUCAAUGUAUGGCAGCACUGAAGCUGGAUACAAGUUUUACAAAGACGCACGGCCUUUGAUUGAAGCUUCCAAUGUAACGUAUGUUGAACGAAUGGUUUGUAACUACCAAAUACAUCUUGCGUAAGUACAAUUUAUAGAAAUAUCUAAUAGAAUGUUUACUGCAAAACGUGCAUGCAUGGACGCUAUAUCACAGGGUGUAUAAAAACUGCACAGUUUUCCCAGUCGUCUCUUAAUAAAAAAAUACGCUUGUAUUUUUUAAUAAGAGUCAGCACUCAACUGCAAAUACCGCCAAAAUUUGUGACAACUUUAUAUAAUCAUGGGUAGUUUGGGGUCAUGCUGGUAUCUUCACAACUAAAAUUAUUUUGGGCGUAAAUUUUCGAGUGCAGGGAUUGUUUAAAAAACCGACUUGCGCACAAAACAGAGUAAGGCUUGCAUGGAAGGCUUGCAUUUGAAUUCAUUCAAAUGUAUAAGGUGUUUCAUGAGCUCUCGAAGUAACAGACAAUUUGAUGUAGCUACAUUAUAUGAAGUCCAACGUGCGACCUCUAAAACUUUUCCAAAGUAUAUGGCCUUUCUGCCGUUUCAUGCAUAGAUUUUAACCUUUUUAAGAAUUCCAUCAUGCAUAUACACACUUAAAGGUUUCAUAACUUUUUCAAUCAUCCUCGUUUUGUUGUCAACACUACUUUUUCUAUAUUUAUAUAAACUGAUCAACAAUAGCAACCAUGCCUGGGUAUCGUUUGAAGGAUUUGCAGAAGCUUUUAACUGUGCAAUCAAGAAAUUUAGUACAUUUUCCCAACAUUCUGAAGACAGUUUAUGUUCACUGCUGUCGAGAGGUAAAUAUGUGUAGUUCAUGGCUGUGAUGCAAGUAGAUCAGUGGACAUCUACCCAGAUUACAAUUUAACACUUCUUAGAUAUGCAAGGUAUUCCAGAACAAGGCAGUCAGCUGGAUCGUCGCACAGUCUCAAGCGCAUUUUAUUGGCAUGAAAUUGAAGAUGAAUUAAGAAAACGAAAUUUGUCAGAGUGGGUAUUCACAGGAACUAAAGACGAGAACUUGGAUGCCGUUAUGAAGUACAUUGACCAACUUCGAUGUGGUGAGCUCUACAGUCACACUGAGGAGGAUUGUUCUGAUGAUUGCAGGAAAAGAGGUAAUAAAAAUUUAACGAUGAUCAUUCCGUUGUCUGGCCUAAUCUAUAUAGAUAUAUAUACAGUAAUAGUAUUGCUAAAAAAUCACAUUCAUGCAAAACACUAGGUUGUUCCAACUUUGUAUCUAUGGAUGGUAUUUGGAAACUUCGUUUUCCCCACUGCAUGUACCCAGUGAAAACAACGAUUUCUGGACUUCCUACGGUUAACUAUCCUGACAUUUGUCCUAAGGAACCGAUUUCCAGGACUUCCGCUUUUUGCAAAGAACAUUGUGAGAUUGCGACAACCAAAGGUGUUCCAACGGAGCUGCGAAAGUUUUUGCACAAGUAUUGCGGUAUACCGAGAAGUAAUGAUGGUGAGUGACGUUACAACGUCGUGUAGUGAUUAGGCAUAACACCAUAUUCUCUUAUUUAGGCAACCUUGUACUUAUGUCUUAUAACGUUGUCAGGACAAGAGGAGAGUUUAAUCCAAGAUCGAAGGAACAUCUAGGACGACAGACCAUACAUGACGACGUCAUAUACAUCUAACCGUACAACUAUUGAGUAAUAACCCUGAACAAUAAUAUAUGGUGUUUUUUUAGCAAAAAUAUGCAAAUUUAGAAUUUCGAGAUCGCAACAGUAAUUGCUUAACUAGUCACGUGAUUAUAAGUAAUUUUUACUUCUGUUCAAAAUCUCUUUUAAAAGCAAAAGUUUGAUCUGAACGUCUACAAAGACAAAAAACAUAUUGAUGUUGUACAUGCCUAAUUUAGGGGCGCUUCCAUUAACACGGCCAGGCCAGUCAAAUUGUUGAAUGGAAGUAUGGAACACAAGACAUUCGGGCUUUGGACCUAUCUGACCGGAAAAUUUAGAUAGAAUUAGAAUGAGGUCCAUUUUCGCUAGAUAUUUUAGAAACAUAGACCAGAUUUUUCCAUUGAUACAGAGACAAAAAUUCGGGUCUAACCGGUCAGGCCAUUGAAUGGAGAGCGCCCUAGAUUUCCACCUCUAAUUUGGAGUGCAAAUUUUGUCGUCCAAAAUGGAAGUCAAUGCAAUGGACCAUUUGCAUUAUAGACUAAAUUUUGAUCUCAACAAAAAUUUCAUCACAGCUUGAAAGAGCAUCACAAAAUUAGUAAUAUUCCAAAGUUUCGUUGCGAAAUGUUGUAAAAUGCGGAUAAUAUAGCCUUGCGAAAUUUGCAAUUUUCAGUCAUUUUAGAUUACAAACGGGAAAUUGACAGCCCAAUCGGGUGAUGGGGCAUCAAUUUCCUGUUUGUAAUACAAAAUGACUGAAAAUUGCAAAUUUCGCAAGGCUAUAUUAUCCGCAUUUUACAACAUUUCGCAACGAAACUUUGGAAUAUUACUAAUUUUGUGAUGCUCUUUCAAGCUGUGAUGAAAUUUUUGUCUAGAUCAAAAUUUAGUCUAUAAUGCAAAUGGUCCAUUUGCUGAUGCCAAAUGUUAUUCCUGAAGAAACUUGACAUGGUCACUAUUGAUAUGCAUAUUUGUCGUUUACCCCAAGCCGGCGCUGACGUUGAAAUUCAAAGUUUCCGUAUUUCUACGUGACACAUACAUUUCCUCUGUUUUCCAUGCUUACUCAGUCUUAUUAUAAUUCAGUGAAAUGACAUCAUCAUGCAAGGGAUCUAUAUGGCCUUUUCUGCAAAUUGGUUGCUUUGAAAUUGAUCGUUUUUGAAACCAUUGAAGACAGUUGCUCUCCCCCUAUUUUAGCAUGCAGAUCUAAACACUUGUGCUCCUUAUUGACCGCAAUUUCCUUACUUUUCUACACAAUUAUCAGGAAAGAAAGAACUGUCACACGUAGAUAUGAAUGUCAAUUCCUCGGAUGUUCAGAGAGUGGAAACGACAAUAAAAAAUCUGAAACCACAGACCACAGCUUCCGAAGUCACUGAAAUGCAAGGUAAGUAUGAAUGUAUGGGAUAUUAGAUUUCCUGAUUAUUUGAUCCCAAUACUUUUCAGAGGAUGGUUUGUCAUGUUGCAAGCUGCGGUUUACUUAAAACAGUGUAACAUAAUAUAAUAGACUUGAAAGUUCAAAUCUUACAGUACAUGGUGAGAGUUGUGGAAAUGGAUGAUCCCUAUUAUGUUUGCAGUGCACAAUGAAUGCGUGUGCACAAUUAAUUCUGCUUCAGAAUAACUCUUGAUUUAUUUGCAACCACGGGACAAUAGGGACAACCACGUUUCUUUCUGAAAACCCAGAAUUAUUAAACAUAAGCCAACUCGAAGCUGAAAAUAACGACCCAUGCAAUAAAGACACUGGAGAAAAACAAAAAAGUUUGCAGAAAUGGUCCCGUGGUCUUUUGCAUUAUGUUCGCAGUGGUGGCCAUAUUGACAGAUGGAAUCCUUUGUUUGU